AUUAGAUUCCAUAAUUAAUUAAGAAUCUGAAUGGUCAGCUAAUCGUUCCAAAUUGCAUGCUUAAAAAUAAAUAAACCUUUUAGUUAAUCGAAUUAAUCUAUUAAAAAUUGAAGAAGAAAGAGCUGCUAAAAGAAUUGGUUAUACCAAAGUAAAGACAAUGAAAAUAUUAGAAAUGAAGAAAAGAAAUUAAGAAAUUAGUCUUUAUAAAUCUGCUUCUAUUAAAAAUGAAGAAGCUUUUUUGAAAUUAUUAUAAAAAGAAAUUAUGAAUAACAUUAGUAGUAGAAAUUAUAAUAGAAAGAAAUGAGAUAAUUAAUUAAUUAACUUAAAAAAGGUGAUUAUAAUGGGAUUGAAAUUUAAAAAGAUUAAAUACAUGAUAGAGUGCAUAAUUUUAAGGCAAAAAUUCAUUUAGAAAAAUAACUUUAACAUAAUAAAAUUAAAAGUUUAAAGGAAGAAUCGAGAUAAAAAAUUGUUAAUUAUUGGAAUAAUCAUAUAGAGUAUUUAUAAUAAUAAUCUAAGAUUAGAAGGGAUUAAUCUAUUAUGGAAAAAAAAACAAAGAAACUUUACUUGAAUAACUAGAAAAUUAAGAAAAAUUACUUUUGAAAAAGUUAUAAAAUUCUUAAAAUAUAUAACUUUCAGUUCAAAGGGAAUUAGAAAAUGUAAUUACUAUGC